AGCAGUACUUUGUUGAAUUCUAAAAACCAAAUUCCACAUGUUUUCCAACUCAGUCCCCCACCUUCAGAUUCACACAUCAUCUCGACUCCACCCAAAAACUCUUCUCCAUCAUCCUCCUCCUCCGCCGCAAUAUCCGCCACCUUCAGCACUCCCUCCAUCCAUAUGAUAUCAUAAUGAUUAGCAUCACCUAUGAUUAAUAACUCCCAGAAAAGAAAAAACAUGCCAAGAAAUUACACCAAAUUAGAAAAACAAGAGCUAGAAACAACACAACAACAAUUACAAGGCUACUUCAAAAAAGAUGCACCCUCCAAAAUCACAAAGCUAGCUGUUCUUUUCUUGAUCUUUAUUGCAGGUCUUGUUACUGGCUUACUUUCAUCCUCAUCUCAUCGGUCAACGCUUACCUUACAAAACUACAACAACCUCUACGCCGCUGUGAAACGCGGCCAAACCAUCACCACCUCUACAUCUUCCUCCGCCUCGUCGCGUAAUAAUGAUAAUAGUUUGAAUUUUGAUUGCAAGAACAUAGAUAACUUGGUGCAUCCAAAAGAGUUAAAUCAUAAUUUAUCUGAUGAAGAGUUGUUAUGGAGAGCAUCAAUGGUACCUAAGGUUGUGGAGUACCCUUUUAAAAGGGUACCUAAAGUGGCUUUUAUGUUCUUAACAAGAGGUCCUUUGCCUCUUUUGCCUUUGUGGGAGAGGUUUUUUAAAGGCUAUGAGCAAUAUUAUUCGAUUUAUGUGCAUACUAUUCCUGGAUUUGUGCUUGAGGUUUCGCCGGAUUCUGUCUUCUUCGGCCGCCAAAUUCCCAGUAAGGAAGUUUCUUGGGGUAAUGUAUCACUGGCAGAUGCAGAGAAAAGGCUUUUAGCCAAUGCUCUCCUAGACUUCUCGAACGAGCGUUUUGUGCUCCUUUCAGAGAGCUGCAUCCCUAUUUACAAUUUUCAAACAGUAUACAAAUAUCUGACUGAAUCUACCCACACUUUUGUGGAGUCCUAUGACGAUCCAACCCGUUUUGGUCGUGGUCGUUAUGAUCGACAUAUGAGACCGAGCAUAAUGAUUGAUCAAUGGAGAAAAGGGGCACAAUGGUUUGAGAUUAACCGGGCUUUGGGCAUUGAAAUAAUAUCGGAUUACAAGUACUACGAUCUGUUUAGGAAAUAUUGCCAUCCUCCUUGCUUCCCUGAUGAGCACUACAUUCCUACAUAUCUCAACAUAUUCCAUGCCCCCUUCAAUUCUAAUCGCACCUUGACUAAAGUGGAUUGGUCGUUGGGAGGACCUCAUCCUACAACCUUUGUAAGAGAGAAUAUUACAGAAGGCUUUAUACAGAAUAUCAGGAACAAUAAGAAAAAGUGUUUGUAUAAUUCUAAGAGCACAACUGUAUGUUACCUUUUUGCUCGCAAAUUUGCUCCAAGUGCCUUGGAGCCCUUGCUCGAUUUAAGUUCAAAAGUAAUGGGAUUUUGAAUCUUUAAUUUACAGUUGGAAAAAUAGCUUCAUCUCUGAUUUAGUGCUGGUCAUUUUCCCUUUGUGGAUGUUUUUGCACA